UCCACAAAUCUAGCCACUCCUCUAGCCUAUCUAUCAGCUAGCCACCAUGCUGGAGCACCACAGUGUAAAGAAAAACAUGUAAUAAAUGAAAACAGAGCGGGGAAGCAACAGUGAAAGCUGAGCUGUGCAGACAAAGCCCACGUGCUUUCCUACAGCGGAGGUUUUGCCGAGACGACAGCUACAAUUCUGAGGCUUCGAAACAAAACAAGGGACAAAAACACAGACGGGAGUUCUCCUGCAGCGUUCUUCUUCCGGUACGAUCUCUGGGAAACAACAGAGGGGGACAGGGAGCAGGGGCUGCAGAGACAGUAGCAGCCGAUGUACAGCAGCAGCGGGAGUGAGGUACGCUGGAAACAGGGCAGGAGAAGGGGAUUUUAUGCUAAACGACGACCACAGAGAAGCUGAAAGGCGCCAGGAAGAUUGGAGGAGAAAAAUAGCCAGAUUGAGAGCACUGCAAAUCUUUUCCCCACAAGAAUCUGAUGUUUCCCAAUAGGAAUCAGGGUAUGAUAGAAAACACGGUCGUUCCUCUCUCUAAUAAUAGCUUUUUUACAAGGAACUUUUAAAGUUUCAACUGUCAUCCAAAACAAAAACACUUAACAGAGCAGCUCCAGGAGAGGUGGAGAAAGUAGAAGCCAAAUGUAGUAGUAUUACAUUUAGGAAAAUAUGAGUAGUUAAUCAGUGGCCUAUAGCCUACAAAAUAAUGAAGUGCCACUGUCCAGAUGCUUAACCUCAUGCCUCAACUCUUUGAUAAUGUUUAAUUAAAAUGUAUCUGUAUAAAUACUGCUGACUGAACCUAGCAGCCGCAUUGUAUUCACAUUCCCUUGUGUGUUAAAAGUAACAUUUUAAUAUAAAAAAUGCCUCACGAUGAAUCUGUAGCUGCGCCAUCAUCUUCUAGAAGAUCUUAUAUAAAUUCCAUGAAGCUGGAAGUAAUUGAAAUUGCGAAACAGAAAGGAAACCGUGCCGCAGCAAGAGAACAUGGAGUAGAUGAAAGCCUGGUUCGUCGUUGGAGACUCCGCGAAAAUGUCCUUAAAAAGCAGAAAACCACUGCCAAAGCUGCUGGUCGAGGACAACGCUGCCGCUGGCCACGUUUAGAGAAGAAUAUGGCGUCCUGGAUCACAGCCCAGCGAGAUGCAGGGACAGCCUUGAGUACUGUAGCCAUUCGACUAAAAGCCAGUGUAAUGGCAAAGGAAAUGGGACAUGAUGAUUUUAUGUCAAGCCCAUCUUGGUGCUUCCGCUUUAUGAAGAGGAACAAUUUAUUUAUCAGAGUCCGAACAACUUUUGGAAAGAAAUUACCUGAUGACUGGGAGGAAAAAGUACAGGAUUUUAAAUCAUUUAUCCAUGGGAUUAUAAUAGAACACAAUUUCCCACCAAGUAAAGUUGGGAACAUGGAUGAAGUACCCAUGUUUUUUGAUGCUCCCCAAACAGUUGCCAGUGUUGGUGAAAAGUCUGUGAAAGUGACAACAACUGGACUCGAGAGGACACAUUUUACGGCUGUACUAAGUUGUAUGGCAGACGGCACUAAACUUCCUCCGUGUAUCAUUUUCAAACGGGUCACCAUGCCCAGAGAAAAGUUUCCUCCUGGUUGCUUUGUCAUGUGUAACAAGGAAGGCAGGGUCAACAAAGAAGUGAUGAGCGAAUGGCUUAAGGUGUGCUGGAGAAAACGACCAGGGUCUAUAUUUAAUCCGGAAGGUCUCCUCAUUAUGGACUCUAGGGCAGAACACAAGACAGAGAAGAUCAAAAAGACAAUAAAAGAACAGCGUUCACAGCUAGCCAUAAUCCCUGGAGGCCUGACAUGUAAACUUCAGCCAUUAGAUGUCGGAGUAAACCACGCAUUUAAGGUGUACGUUAGAGAGGAGUGGGAAAAGUGGAUGAGUGAAGGCCAGCACAAAUUCACUCCAGCAGGAAAACUUAAAAAGGCAAAGUUUUCAGAUGCCUGUUCGUGGGUGGUGACCGCAUGGAAUAGAGUAAAGCAAAGUACCAUCGUCAACAGUUUUAUCAAGGUGGGAGUAAUGCCAGGUGAAGGUGAAGCUACUGCAGAAAACUCAGACACUGAAAACGAGGACAAUGCAGAGGCAACUAGGCCACGAUUAUCAGAGGAGUUACUAGCUCUUUUCCAUUCAGACUCAGAAGAAAGUGAGUUUGACAGCUUUACUAAAAGCAAUGUAGAAUCAGAAUCUUUCCCUGAAAAGAAGUUGUCUUCACUAGCCAUGGGGAAAACCAAAAGAAAACACAACAUUCAAUUCAAGCUUCAGGUCAUCAACUACGCCGAGCAACAUUCAGGAGAGGCAACUGCCAGACAUUUUAAUAUUGAUUCAAAACGAGUGAGAGAUUGGAAAAGUCAAAAAGAUGACCUUGUAUGCAUGUCACAGUUGGACCAGACGAGAGCCAGGCUAGGGGGUGGGGGGCGGAAGAAGAAAAGCAAUGAGCUGGAGGUGAAGAUGUGUGAAUGGAUCCAGGGCCUCCGGGCCAAACAAGUGAGGGUGUCUCAAAGGAUGAUCAGAAGUAAAGCAAAGGAGCUCUACACCACCUUGAAUGACGGUGGAUCUCCUGAAUUUACUGCCAGCGCGGGCUGGUUGGAAAAAUUCCUUUUGCGCAACGGGUUUUCGGCCCGGCGCAGUACUGCAGCCGCCCAAGAAGAUGCCGGGCAAGUCAUGAAAAAGGUGGUGUCUUAUUUAACGGUCACGACACAGACGAUUGCUCAGAAAGAAAUAAAGGACAACAACAUAAUCGCCAUGGCUGAGACUGAAGUGUGGUUUGACACGGCCAGAUCCACUGACGACCAGCGCAGUGGUCCACUGAGAGCCACAGACCAAGAAAAAAGCCACGUAACUGUGGUGUUGGCCGCUAAAGCGGACGGUACAAAGCUGAAGCCCUACGUCAUCUUCAAACGGAUCCGAGACGCAAAGGCCCUGCAAGGCAUUAACGGCAUUGUCGUGGCAUCCAACCAACAGGGGAAGAUGAAUGACAGACUGGCCGCAGACUGGCUCCAGAGAAUCCUGGGGAAGAUCAGCCUGGCUCCUCGUCUCCUGGUCUGGGACUCGUGCUCUUGUCACACCAGCACUGCCACGACAGAGGAGCUCCACAAUGGCUACAACCUGACAACCGCCGUCAUCCCAGACGGCUGCACAAAAUGGAUCCACGCCCCCGACAUAGUGUGGAACCAGCCCUUCAUAGCCGGUCUUCAGGACUGCUACGACGGCUGGAUGACAGGAGAUUCGGACCGACAAUACACAUCUGAGGGACACUUGAAAGCUCCAACUCCCCGCCUGCUUGUGGACUGGGUCCUCAAGGUGUGGAGCGAGAUGGACCCGGAACUCUUAAAGAAGUCCUUUAAGGCAUGCGGACUGACAGUGGCCCCUGAUGGCAGUGAGGACCACCUGAUCGACUGCUUCAAUGACGGAGAACCGUGGGCAUCAGGUAGAGGGCUUCUGGCUCAGGUAAGACUGCAGGGCCGUAGGAACAGCAGUGUCAAAGAGGAAGACAUGGAGCUGGUGAUCAUUAAGGAGGAGGAGCUUGUUGAGAGCAUCAAGGAGGAGGAGGAGGAGGAAGAGAAGUUUGUGUGUGUCAAGGUUGAGAGCCUCUGAGCCGCAGACUAUUUGUUUUGGACAAUUUUUUCAUUACCAGUUUGCAUGUGCCUUACCAAAUUGCCAGUUUAAGUUAUCUAUAUGAGCAUGUUUGUUUUAUGAAUACAUUAAUAAAUCAGUUAUAUUAAAUGCAUGGUCUCUUUGUCUUCCUUUCUUACAAGUUUUUAUUUCUCCAAAUCUAUUAAUCACAGUUAAUGACCAAGAUUAAAGCUUAGUAACACAUUCAGUUUUAAUACAGUAUAGAGACAAAAGUAUGGUCUUAUUGUAUUACUACACCAGAAUCAAGAUCAUCUAAAUAUCUUCUGAAUUUUCGAGGUUGCAAACAAAAUCACUUUUGUGACCUGAACUCAAUCAAUCAGUAACCCUAUUUUUAAGGUGUAUAUUCUUGUAUCUGUGCAGCAGGGGAGGAAUGACAAACAUCACGGAAGAAAUUCCCCUCAUCAAACUCCUAUACUGGCUGAGACAGGACAGUUGUACUUCUGUACUGGCAGAGACAGGACAGUUGUGGGUCAUAACAGGCAACUGCUCCUGAGCAUGUGACUUCACAAGCCACUGGAGACAUAGUAAGGUGGCUGAGAAACAUGGGGACUUAUUUGAUUAUAACCAUGUGGGUCCCCUCCAAAUCCCAUCAGCUUAAUCAAUGUUGCUCACACACGGUGUAAGCCAAUCAUUUUUCGUCUUGUAAGCCCAAUGUUACAUUCCUGUCAGAAGUCAGACUGUUUCCCAUCCUAUACUGGGGAGAAGGGGGGGGGGGGUUAUUGGCAGGUGACACUGGAAGUAACAGGCAGAGAUUGAGAGAAAGUAAUUCUUGGUCAGGGUCACUUGUCCCCAUCAUCACUCUUCCAAUGUCAUUGAACCCCCCCCUUGCUCCCCACCCUCUGGUCACCAGCCAGCUGGUGGGACCACCCUCUGGGCUGGUCAAGCGGUUCAAGGGUUCAGCUUGUUAAACAAAAAGGCGUGCACCACUUUAGAUGGUGGAAUUCAGGGGGAAGUCUGAGGACAAUCUCCCCAGUCAGGGGUGAGUCUGAACUGGGCAGUGUCCUCAACGCUCAUCCCACCUCCAGGCCCCAGCCUUCCAUCUGUUCCCUCCAGAUGCUUCUGUACAUUAAUCAAAAUCCUACUCAUGGCUCACACAUGCCCCAAGUGACCCCAGCCAAGAUCUAGACCAUCAUACACUCACACACCAGCAAUGAGCGGAACAGUGCUAAAACAUAAAUAAACUAUUCAAUUACUUGUUAUCUUCAUACACACAGUUUAAUUAUUCAAUCAGUUUAAGAUUAGACCACAAAUGUGAUCAAAAAUGCAUGGGGAUGACCAGACUCCCACAAACCCAAUGCCCUUCUGGCUGACAUAUGGAGACCAGGGUAAAUGUUGUAGAGCCCAUGUGACUAAGCCACUGACACACACACGUACACACACACACUCACAGAGCUAUUAGCUUAAGAGGGUAAUGAAACAAAGCAAUGGAAAGCCACUGUGAUGAAAAUAAUGAGUGGGAUUGGUGUUACUGUUGGGAGAAGGAACCAGCAGACAUCUUUCAUAGUGUGAGAAAUACACCAAUGAAAGCCAUUAGCGGCAAAUAACCUGGCCAUGUUUAAAUCAUGUACAGUAGAUGUGUUGUGAACAUGUAGGCUGGGUGAGAGAAGUGACAUGUGGUACUACGCUAGCUAUAUCAGUCCAUUUACUUUCUGCCAAAGCUGCCCUGGGCAAACAAAUAAUGAGCAUGAAUGAAUACAUGUUCAACAAACGCAGGGUGUUCAAACACAGGACUUUGUGAAUGGGUUCAACAUCAACAGCAAUAUUGUGUGGAGCUGAAGGACAGCACUCUAGUUAGGAAGAGUGACACAACCUCCUCGUCCCUCCUCGUCCCUCC